AUGAAGAGUGAACAGAGAGGCCAGAAUGUUUCGAGUAGUGCGUAUGGAAAACAAGUUUCUUAUUUUGCGAGAUUAAGGUUUCAACCUGAAAUUAAAACUCUAAUCUAACAAGGAAGAUGGGGAGGAAGAUACAAGUGGCUACCGAAUUAGAGCUCAAUCGGCGUUAGCUAAUGAGUGGUCGUCUAUUAGCUAACGAUUACCAUUGAGAUACCAUAAAAAUGUUCCUGUUCUACCGGACACUUGCGAUUGCUACCAACUAGUCCGGUCUACUUGGUAGAUGGGUUCCAGCGUAAUCAAUAAAGGACCACCACUAGGCUGACGUUGAUUGACGAAAGUUGGGAAUUUCCUCAAAUGUGUCCAGAAAACUCCUCGAUGUACCAGAAGAAAAGUCUGAAAAUCUCAAGCAGUAUAACUUCCUGGUUUUCGAGAAAGAAGAGCUCAAGGCUUUGAAAACAGUCUAUUUCGACGGGUUUUGAGGAUUUACUUUGAAUUCGAAUUGUCUUUUUGCGAAAACUAGAAAUUUUAGCAGAUUCCUCAUCCGGCACAUUAAAAAUGUUCUGGGCGAUUUUAAGGGUGUUUUUUACCGCGAAGACCUUCCUGGUAGGAGUCCGCAAAAUCCAUUUUUAAAUGCAUGCUUGAAAAGAAAAGAUGUUUUAGAAGCAGAAGAAGCACAUAACAUUGAAAAAUAUCUGGUCUGAAGAGGGAAUACCUGGAGAGAACGGGGGAAUCGAUACACGGCAGGCCAAGUUGCGUUGCCGAGUGAAUGAUUUCGCACCUGCUUUUCAUUUUGAAUCCCCACGGCUUCCGUCUGAGACUAGUCAUCGGCCUUGAUUCGAUAACACUCAAUGUCACAAUGAGCUUUUAUGAACUCUUCAUAUUAUCGCAAAGAAAAUGAAGACGAGUGAAAGAAAAAAAGUUAUUUUCCUGAUUUGUGAUUGAAAAAGAAAGAAGAGCUUUCGGUGAAUGCAAGAACGCGAUUUUUUAUUCAUGUGCAAAACUUUUCUGAAAAAAUUUUUUUUACUUCAAUUGGGUAUUCAAGUUAGCAGACGGAUUGUGACCCUCGAAAAUUCAAAAAAUUUUAAUCUUUAAAAAGAUCAUCAACAGACUGAAAAAAGAGAAGGUCUUGGGUAAAUAAAUUGAUAGCAAAAGUCGUGUGAGUUCACAAUUAGAAUGACCUCUCUUCAAAAUAAAUCCCAUUUGCGGAAAAAUAAUAACGAGAUCUACGUGUGUUCAGGCGUCAUUUUCUUGUGUUUCUUUCGACGAUCGUCGACGAACAACGAAUCGUGGGUCGCGACCUUUGAAGCUCUCCAGGAGCCGUCGCUUUUCAGAUGUCGAAACCAAAAAGAGGCUUUUUGUCGUUGGUCGAUGACGACUUCUGGGGCACCGGUGAUGGAUCUGCGGUCAGUUCCUUCCGAGCAUUUGUUUUCCAUUCAUCAACAAUCGAAUAUUAGUUGAGAUAAAACGAAAGGAUGGGUGAAGGAAUAUUAUCGUAGAUCAUAACGCUAACUGGAAAUCUAAAUAUUCAGUUGUCAACUUGGAGACUUCUUGAACCCUUUAAAAAAUUCGCUUCAUUACCCGUCUCACGAGAAAGUACAGAGUGAGAAGCAGAAACCAGCUGGCCGGCGCAAAAGCGAGUCGAGUGCUGCGAACGGCGACCGCGCGGACGACGACCGCUUCCCCCAGGAUCAGAAUUCGUCUGACGCCCUCGACUUGAGUCAACUUCACACCCAAUAUUACAAUCAAGUUCGUAUUCCGCAACUUCAUAACCAAUGAGCUUCCUUGAAGACGGUUCAGAAUAAAAAAUCAUGCGACGGCGACAAUGACGAUGAAGAUGAUGUUAAUGACAAAGACAAAAAUAGAGAGGACGGCGUUGAAGGAGGUGAAGACGUCAAGGCGACAGAAAGUUUCGAAUUAGAUGAGGAUGAUGUGAGAUAACUUGGGAGUGGAGAGAAAAGGAAUCUCGGAUUCAGGAAGAGGAAUGGUGCAGUGUUAAGGGAUCCAGCCACGGACGCAAACGUGACAAAAUAUGCGAUGAGCUCGACGAAAACUUGCGGAAAAAGAAGGAUAAACUCGACUUCUCGGAUGGUACUUUUUCUUUUGCGGUUCUUGCUGAACAAACUUGUUCACUGUCCCAAUAACUGGAACAAAAAGCGAAACGGUAGUUCUACAAGUUAUAAAAGAUCCAGAAGAGUGAUUUGGAAUUUGAGAGGCGCGCGCUAUGAAAAUGACUGAAUUCCUGCUGAACUUUCUGAAAAAUCUUUGAAAACGAUCUCGUUUCGAAGGAAUUUUUCAAGCUCCGCCUUGGACCGCUUAAAACCUUUUCACCCGUUUCAUGACAAAAUAAAAGCUUCUUCCGAAAUAUUCCGACAAAAAACUUGUUCCGUAGAUGACGAGAAGGAUCUCAAGGACUCGGGCCGCGAAUCGGCCGCGUCCGUCGACGCUUAUCAUGUUGGUUACCGUAAUUUUUUGCAAACACAUACCGACGCCGAAGUACGUGUUUUUUGGUUUUCAGAAAGUCGCGAAAUCUGCCCGGUGGUUGCAAGUUUCAUUGAUUGUUUUUCAAGGAGCAGAACCACUUGACAGAACUCGCGUCCUGGCUGGAUGGUUCUCUCCGAGUAGCAAGACUUUAAAAACUUUACAUUCAAAACUGAAACAAUAGCAUGAGUAUCAGCUGAAGUAGGACCAUUAUUUUUGGAAUUCUUAAAAAAAAGAAGAUUAUUAAUUAAUUUUCAGAGGAAAUAUAAUUUAUUUUUUUCGAAUAUGUUUUUCUCAAAAGCCAUCCCAGUUUUUCACAAAAGUUUGCACAGUACAGGAAAAAUUUUUAUGCAAGCCAAAAUUCACGUAGUACGCCAAUGGACUAGUUCAUACUAAGGAACUAUGAUUUUCUGCGAAUGGCGCUCUUUCCAAGUUGAGGAAUUCCGAUAAAUAGCUCUCCCUCAGCUGAAGCUCAACUUUUCCUCACACCUUCACCGGCGAACCAUCCCGCCAGAUCUCACCAAUGCAUUUAAACAUUUUAUCAAUAAACAAAGCUUCUCAAAAAGCAGAUCCGCGCUUUCCUCGAAGGUCCUUUCGACGUUCUGGAUGAAAAGUUCUUCGAUCACUAUGAACAAGUCCGGAGAGGGUGCCAAAAACUUGAAAGAAAGAUUCAUUGGUGGAAUUCAGGCUAGAAGAACCGUGUGCCUCGAAGGUCGUGCAACAACUGAAGCGACCGCCGCCUUCCAGUGAGCCCCGUUAUCGCGACAAGUCGAUCGUCGUCGUGCCGCACUUCCGAGAGCCUGACCGCAGGUUUCCGUCGUUUUCCCUUUUUGAAACGGUUUUCGGAGAGCAAGUCUCUUGAGCGGUAUUAUAGAAUGGGACGUUACUCCAAGUACUACUACCAUCACAAUAUCGGUCCCGAAGUUUAUAGCCGCAAGGUGUUUGUAGGAGGUCUCCCCGCUUGUGUUACAGAAGGUAGGCUUGAUCUGAUCUGUCAGUGAUUUUUUAAAAAAAGAUGAAAUCACGAUGUUUUUCUCGCGAUAUGGUCGUCUGCACGUGGACUGGCCCAGCAAGCACUACCCAAGCAACUUGGAUACCUCCUCCAGCUCUCAAGGUGCACACAGUCGCCGUCAUUCAGUUUAUGGAAGUGUUUCAGAGCAACUGGAGCCGAAACGACGUCAUCAGCAUCUUGGUUACGUCUUCUUGUUGUUCGAACGUGAGCGCUCGGUAAGAGAGCUCGUCAGCGACUGCUUCGAAGAGGAAGAAGGGCUCUUCAUCAACUUGCUCAAUUGCGGAGGCUGCGACACGAUAGUUCGUAUUCAACCUGUGUUGAACAGGCAAGGAAAACCUUCGGGAUACUUCAGCGCGUUCAAAUUCGUCCCUGGCUUCUGGCAGACGCCGAGUUUCUGAUGGAUAUCAACGUGCAGGUUAACUCAAAACUGGUUGCCUUCAUCGGUGGUGUGCCGAGACCCCUGAAAGCUGGUGAAAGACAUUUUUGGGAUGGGAGAAACUGUCCGAUUUCAGUGGAACUAGCACAUUUCUUCGAACAAACGUAUGGUAAUGUGGUAUGUGUGGGCAUCGACAUCGAUAACAAAUUCAAGUAUCCUCGAGGUAGUGGCGAAGGCAAAUUUCAGGACGUUUUGGUUUGGAAAUUCAGGAUCGGGCAGAGUCGCCUUCUCCAACUAUGAAGCCUACGUUCAGGCGAUUACUGAUCGCUACAUUGUACUCGACCACGAGGACAUUCACAAGCGGGUUAGUGAAUUUUCAGAGCAAAAGCAUUUAUAUGGGGCAAAGAAUUGACGUAAAUUCUCCAAUUUACUGUCACUACCAAAAAGCAUUCAAUUGAGUUCAAAACUUGAAAAACUCAAAUUCAACUCAAGUUAUUCGCCGAGCAGCUCAAUGUUUCAAAGAAUGUUCAGGUGGAGAUCAAACCCUACUUUUUCCACAACCAAUCUUGCGAGGAAUGCAGCGGCCGCUAUCAUCGCCAACACGCUCCCUACUUUUGCCCAUCGCUAGAAUGUUUCCAGGCAUAGUUUUCAUUCUAUUUUGGAGUAUAUCCUUCAUUUUUCAUAGAUUGCGGCAUUGCAGUUUCAAAUUUAAAAUGCGCUCCUCGUUAUACUUUCAAUUCGUCAUUUUAACGGCUCAUCAUCGACUGUGUACAAUGUAGAGCUAGUAUCCAAACUGCAUUCUCAUGAAUAACUUGAACCCACAAGCGCUUUUAUUGUGUCAAGACUGUAAAUGCCGUAUCAGAACUUUUUAAAUCGUGGCACACGGGGUAUAGUUAUGAAAUAAUUUUCCAAAUAGAGAUGAACCCGUUUCAGUACUACUGCGAGGCUUGCUGGCACAAAAUGCACUCGCUGCCGAGCCGCUUCCAUCAUAUGCCCGUUGUCAAAGGCGUCUGA